GCUGGCCGUUGCGCCGACAGUUACGGCGAGGCUGCUCUCGUGGGAUUCUUUUCUUUUGCGUAUCGGAUAUCUGAUCGUUAUGGCUGCUGCUUUGGAGUAUCGGUUCUGAUUCACCGAAUCAUCAACAGUCAUGAUCUGGUUCAAUGCAUUAGAAGACAAACACCAUUCACAACGACAGGCACGAGACAAAUUGCGUCAUCGUCGAGAUUUUCCGGCAAACGUAGGAAUGUCUGACGCGCGGGACACCGACGACGAGAGAAAUAACGACACGAAAACGAAUCCGGGCGCUAGUAGGCACGGAAAUUUCAUGAAUUAUUACCAAUUCCAUCCUGCGGAAGAACGCAUGCGGCAACUUCCGCAUGGCGUGUGGCGGCUCGCUCAUCCGGCCCGGAAAUACGCGGGUCUAGAUGUCGGUUGCAAUGCCGGGGAUCUUACGUACAUUCUGUACGAUUUCCUCGAGAAGAUCAUGAAGUCCCAAGAUCAGCCCGAAAUUUCCUUAUUCGGCGUAGACCUGGAUCCGAUUCUGAUCGAAAGAGCGCGCGAGCGAAAUUUGCGGCCGGAUCGUGUGACUUUCGAGUGCCUGAACUUUUUGUCCAAGGAUUGUAGCGAGACACUAACGAGAUAUUUAGAUCAGCUUGAUAAGAGUCGAUUCGACGUGGUGUUCUGCUUCUCGAUCACUAUGUGGAUUCACCUGAAUCACGGCGACGAUGGUUUGGAAGAAUUUCUGCGGAAAGCUUGCGCGCUCGCUGAAAUGAUCGUUAUUGAGCCGCAACCCUGGAGAUGUUACAGGAAUGCAUCGAGACGAUUAAAAAGAGCGAAGUCGGAGGACUUUCCGUUGUUAAAGGGACUGAAGUACACCGGCGAUCUAGCGAAACAUAUAGAAAAUAUUAUAACGAGACUUUGCAACUUUCGUAAAGUUGUCGUCACUGAGAGCAACGGUUGGGGACGUAAGCUUUUGAUUUACGAGAGAAAACAGCAAAAUCAAGUAAUAAAUAGAAAUAUAUAGAAAUAUGAAUAUAAAAAGAUGAAUAUAUAUAUAUUAUUUACGAUAGAUUUCGUUCGUAUCUCGAAAUGUAUAACACGUUGCGAACGUGGCAAAAUUUGUAUGAAAAUUUCUAUUGUUUGCUAAAUAAGGAAUAGUCAUGUGUUUCCACUUAUAUCUCAGUUGAAAAUGAAGCGUUCAAGGAAGUUUUCAAUGAGUUGAGGAGAAGCUGAUUAUGGCUCACUAAAGCAUUCAGACCAUUCUAGAAGAUUAUUUUCUGAAUGUUUGCUGCUUUGCAAUGCAUUUAUCAAUUGAAAACUUCCUACAAGUUGAUCGCACGCUAUUUUGAUAUGUAAUUGUUCACUUUGUGAACGCUUUCCCCUAGUCAAAAUUUUUGUUCUAACACCAUAAGGAUACGUUGCAUAAAUAUAAGUUACAAAAAUAUCAUCAUA